AUGUGCAUCUACGGCACGAUCCCCGACCCCGUGGCGGUCGGCGUGUGGUUCCGGGACGACUACGAGUGGCGCCUCUAUGACGUCACCUCCGCGCAGCUGAUCAAGACCGCUUACGUGGACGCGGAGAAGAAGCUGGACCUGACGAUCAAGUCGGCGGUCCAUACCGGGGGCGCCCGGUACACGGUGGACCUGCGCACCAUGCGCCAGACCAACUGCGCGAGUGGGAUGCAGCGCCCGGUGAAGAUCAACAUGCCGGAGGCGGCCGCGGUGGUGCACGCGAGCAAGGGGGUGCCCAUGACGAAUGGGGUCCAGAGCGCGGACGAGACCAGCGAGCCGGAGAGCGUCAUCUCCUCGGAGCUGCCAACCGCCAACGGAUAUGUCACGGUGAGCAUUGCGUUCUGA